GUGCUUAUAUGGAGCGAUGAGUUCCAGUACUGCGGCAAAAAAAUGGGUUGCAACAACGGCUUGAACACCUCCAUUUGGAGCUACGAGCUGGGCGACGGGACGAAGUAUGGCCCUUACACCAAAGGCUGGGGCAACAAUGAGAUACAGUGCUACACGGACAACAAAGAAGACGUGAAGGUGGGGUACGACGGAGUGCUCGCGAUCCAUGCUAACUUCCACAGGCGUGGGGUGAGCUGCUACAACCCCGGCGCCAGCAACAGCACCCGCUGGUGGACCAGUGCCCGGCUCAUCACACGUGGGAAGGUCGCCUUUGGCAUUGGUUCCUCACCAAUCAAGAUCGAAGCCCGAGUCAAGGUGCCUAACG